AUGAAUCAUAUUAAGAAGAAGUAUAAAGAGAUGAAGAACAUUAAACCAUUUUAAGUAAAGAGCUUCAUUAAAAUAUUUUUAAAUUGUUAAAUAGUGAAUCCUGCUUUUGAUUCAUAGACUAAAGAAACCUUAACAACAAAGGCCUAGAAAUUCGGGAGUACAUUUGAAGUAAGUGAGAAAUUCUUAGAUGAAAUCAUAAAAAAAACUGAAAUCAUUGAUAAUGUUAUAUUGUAGGCUAAAUCGAGACUGAAUAAACAAUUAAGUAAAUAAUUGUCAGCAAAAAAACAAUAACGAUUAUUAGGAAUAGAUAAAUUGGAGGAUGCAAAUGAUGCAGGUACAAAAAAUGCUGAUUUAUGCACUCUGAUAUUGACUGAAGGAGAUUCUGCGAAAUCUUUGGCUAUGGCUGGUAUAGAAAUAGUAGGCAGAGACAGAUUUGGAGUAUUCCCCUUAAGAGGUAAGUUAUUGAAUGUCAGAGAUGCUUCCAUACAAAUGAUAAUGAAAAAUGCAGAGAUUGAACAGUUGGUGAAGAUAAUGGGAUUGCAAUUCAAUAAGAACUACGAAAAUACAAAAUCCUUAAGAUAUGGAUCAAUCAUGAUCAUGACUGAUUAAGAUCAUGAUGGACAUCACAUAAAAGGGUUGAUUAUUAAUUUCAUUGAGAAGUUUUGGCCAUCUCUAUUUAAAAUGAAGGGUUUUCUUAAACAAUUUGUGACACCAAUUAUCAAAGUAACUAAAGGCAAAGAGUUUCAUAGUUUCUUUUCUAUAGGAGAAUACAAGAAGUUUAUUGCUGAAAAUCCAAGGGAAGAUUACAAAGUCAAAUAUUACAAAGGUCUAGGUACCUCAACAGAUUCAGAGGCUUAAUAAUACUUCAGCAAUUUAACAUUGCAUAGGAAAGUGUUCACUUACUCUGAUCAAACAGAUUCAGAUUACAUUGAUUUGGUAUUCUCAAAGACUAAGGCUGAUCAAAGAAAGGAUUGGCUUUCAGAGUAUUCAUGGAAAUAAGUUGAAGACACUCUUGAUUACAGUAAACCAAAUGUUCGAUACAGAAACUUUGUAACUGAUUGUUUGGCAAUGCAUUCAAUCAGUGAUAACUUAAGAUCCAUACCUUCUAGUAUCGAUGGACUCAAGCCUACUUAGAGAAAGAUCAUCCACACUCUUCUUAAUCAUAGCAAAUAAGAAUAUAAGGUUAGUUCUUUAAGUGGAUUGGUUACUACAUACGCAUAAUAUCAUCAUGGAGAAUAAUCUCUUUAAUAAACAGUAGUGGCAAUGGCAUAGAAUUUCACUGGAUCCAAUAACAUCAAUUUAUUAUUGCCAAUAGGUUAAUUUGGUACUAGAUCCAUGGGUGGCAAGGAUGCAGCUCAAGCUAGAUACAUAAGUACUAAAUUAAGUUCUCUGACAACCAAACUCUUUAAUGAAGAUGAUUUGCAUACUUUGAAUUAUCUAGAUGAGGAGGGAUACACUGUUGAGCCAUUUUGGUUUACUCCAAUCUUGCCUCUGGUUUUGAUUAAUGGAGCUGAAGGUAUAGGUACUGGUUGGUCAACUCAAGUGCCAAACUUUAAUCCAAGGGAAAUAUGUUAAUAAAUUAAGCGAAAAUUGAGGGGAGAAGAGUUUGAAGAGUUGGUACCAUGGUAUAAAGGAUUCACUGGUUCAAUUACAGCUGGAACCAAUUAGUAUAUAGCUAAAGGUUCCUUCAUCUAACAUAAGAAUCACUUAUAUAUAACUGAAAUACCUCCAAAGAAAAGUGUUAAGGAAUAUUAGGCAUUCAUCUAAUCUAAAAUGGAAGUUGCUGAAGGCAAAUCAGAACCUGAAAUCUUAGACAUGAAAGAAUAUCAUGCUGGUAAUAAAGUUUGUUUUGAAUUGAAGGUUACUGAUGAAGUAUUAAAGUAAGAUAUAGAGAAAUACUUUAAAUUGUAAACCACUAUUGCAAUGACCAACCUUGUAUUAUUUAAUGAGAAAGGUUUACUAAAAAGAUAUUCUAAUGUUUCUGAAAUCUUAGAUGAGUUCUAUUAAACGAGAAUCAAAUUUUAUCAAUUGAGAAAGGAAUACUUACUUUCCAAAUAUCAAAAUGAAUUGGAGCUGGUCCAAUCCAAAUCUAAAUUUAUUGAAGGAAUGAUAGAUAAUUCCAUAUAAUUGAGAGGAUUAAAGAAAAUGGAAAUGUGUAAGAAACUAUAAUCUCUUGGUUUCAAAGGAAUUAGCAAAAUGGAAAAAGUAAAGAGCACCAGAAUCUCUAAAGAUUUUGAUGCUGACAACUUAGAAAAAUAAUAUGAUUAUCUAUUGAGCAUGCCAAUGUGGAAUUUUAGUGAAGAAAAAAUAACAGCUUUCAAAUAGUAAAUCAAAUAAUUAUAGGAUUAAAUUACUGCUCUGAAUAAGAAAACUCCUUAAUAAAUCUGGUCAGAGGAUCUCGACGAAUUUUUAGAGGAAUUAACUAAGGUUGAAGAGUAGGAAACUUAAGAAAUGAUCAAAAGAGUAGAAAAAAAUGCUGAAAAAUUAUUAAAAGGUGGAGCAAAUUAUUUAAAGGCUGUAGUAUUAAAAGGAAAGGAUGAUUUUGCUUAAUAAGAAGAUUAUGAUUCAGAAUCUGACGGGGAUGGUCCAUCUAGAGAUCCAAAAGUAUUAAAAAAGGUCAUUAAGGAGUUUGCCAAUUUUGGUAUUAAAUCAUAAAGAGAUGUUCCUUAGUCAAAGUUUAAAUUGUAGAUUGAAAAGCAAGCAAAGAAAAAAGAUUCAAAAGAGAAUCAGGAUGAUAAUAAAAGCGAAAAACCCAUUUCGAUGGAUCUAGAAGAUGACAGUCCUAAAAGAAAUAAAAAGGUUGUUGAUAGUUAAAGUGAGGAUGAAAUAAUUAAUGUAAAAAAGAAUACUAGAAGAAUUUAGAAAUAAAAUGAUGUUGAAGAAGUUCAAGUUUAAACUAAAGAUUCAAAAACUAAUAAAGUAGAUACAAAGCCUAGUAAGGCUGAAUCCAAGCUUGAAAAAGCUGAAUCAAAAGUAACAAAGACCAAUAAAUCAAAAAGAAUAGUACCUCAAAUGGAUUCAGAAAAAAAAGCAUCUGAAAUUAAGAGAAAAGCUGAACAAGAGAAAGCUGAGGAGGAUUAAAAAUUAAUAGAAUAGGAAAAGGAAGAAUUAGAAAAACAACGUGUUCCAGUUGAUUCUUUAAAAGUUCCGAACCAAGAUAAAGAGGAGAUGGAUCUAUUCUAGAAAUAUGGAUUUGGAGAUUUUAUGAAAUACCUCACACCAGCUAAUGGUAAAGAUAAUAAUCCCAUUCCAUCUUUGGCAGAUAGAAUAUUUUAAAGAACAAAAUAAGGAGAAAUUAAUUUCGACCAAAUUAUUGCUGAUAAAAAAUAAGAAAGUGCAUUAAAAGAAAGAAAAGAUUCAGAUAAUGAAAUUGAAGAUUUCUUAUAAUUAGAUUUAAGUGAAGAUUCAGAUAAAAAAUAAAAGGUAGCAAAGGCUAACCAAAAAACCACAGCAGAAAGAAAAUCAGGUAAAAAGAGCACUGAGAAAUAACAAUAAUAAAUGACUGCCACUCCCGCUAAAAGAAAAUAAAGAAAGUAAAUAAUUGAAUCAAGUGAUGAGGAACCAUUGAAUAAAAAGCCCAAAAAGAAAUGA